CAAGCUUCUCUUCGUAUCCAUCGCUGCCUUAUUGUUUUACAUAAUUCCUCAAAGUUUAAACAAAAACAAUAUUGUUUCGCUAAUCAGCCAUGUCAACGGCGUCUUUCAGUGCCACUCUAUCUCUUUACUUGUUUGGCGUUUUGCUUCUGUUUGCUUCGGCUGUGUGCUUGGCCCACCCACAAACUCACCGCCAUCAGUUUGUUAUUCAAGCUACGCCAGUGAAGAGGCUGUGCAAAACCCACAAUGCCAUUACGGUCAACGGGCAGUUCCCCGGGCCGACCUUGGAGAUCAGCAAUGGCGACACUCUCACAGUCACUGUCAUUAACAAGGCCAAGUACAACGUCACAAUUCACUGGCAUGGAAUCAGGCAGUUUAGAACCGGGUGGGCUGAUGGACCCGAGUUUGUGACUCAAUGCCCAAUCAGACCGGGAGGAAGCUAUACUUACCGAUUUACUGUGCAAGGACAAGAAGGAACUUUGUGGUGGCAUGCUCACAGCUCAUGGCUUCGAGCCACGGUUUACGGUGCCUUAAUCAUCCGCCCCAGAGAGGGAGAUUCCUACCCUUUCACCAAACCAAACCGCGAAACAACACUUCUUAUGGGCGAAUGGUGGGAUGCGAAUCCUAUUGACGUUGUGAGGGAGGCCACUAGAACAGGAGCGGCUCCCAAUAUCUCUGAUGCAUACACAUUCAAUGGUCAACCGGGUGACCUUUACAAGUGUUCUAGCAAAGAUACCGUGCUUCCUUCCAACAUCUCGAUUCUUCAGGCCUUCCAGCAGAGAAUUCCCGGCGUCAUCACCCCUGAUUUUCCGGCCAACCCGCCGGUGAAAUUCGAUUAUACCGGCAACGUCAGCCGAUCGCUUUUCCAACCGGUUCCCGGUACUAAAGGCUACCGAUUGAAAUACGGAUCGAGAGUUCAGGUUGUGUUGCAGGACACGAGCAUUGUGACGCCGGAAAAUCACCCGAUUCAUCUCCAUGGAUACGAUUUCUACAUCGUUGCCGAGGGAUUUGGAAACUUUAACCCGAAAACUGAUACUAAAAAGUUCAACCUCGUUGACCCACCUCUCAGAAACACGGUGGCCGUGCCCGUCAAUGGCUGGGCUGUCAUCCGAUUCGUCGCCGAUAACCCAGGUGCUUGGAUAAUGCACUGUCACUUGGACGUGCAUAUCACGUGGGGGCUGGCGAUGGUGUUUCUGGUAGAUAAUGGCGUCGGACAAUUGCAGUCCAUAGAGGCUCCGCCGGCGGAUCUUCCGAUAUGCUAAGAUCACGAAAACAAAUUAAAUAGCAGUGACAUUUGAAAUUCAUAUAUAUAUAAAAGCCCAUUCAAAAGGGUUCCCCUGUUUUUUUAGCUUUUAAAUUCGAAUUAGUUUGUGAGUUUUUUUUUUCUUUUUUCUUUUUGGUAUUGUUUCCCCUGCAUUGGGGGCAUAGAGUAUGCUCUGUUUCAUUAUUGUUCUCUUUCCUUUUGAUUUAUAAUGCGAUAAUUACGACUACCAAACAGAUUCUUGUUUCUCCAUUC